UAUGAUCCGGACAGACUCAGAUGAGUACUUCAUUGAGCCAUUGGAGAGAGGGACUCAGGAACAUGAGGACCAGGGCAGAGUCCAUGUUGUCUACAGGAGAUCUGCUGUUCUACAGGCCCCCUCUGACAUCUCACUGGACUACCAACUGGAAGAACCAGAAAUAGAGCUGUCCCUACCAGGUGUUCCGGGGAUUCCAGACCAGGUGUCCCUGCCAGGUGUUCCGGGGGUUCUAGACCAGGUGUCCCAGCAGGUGAACCAGGCGGUGAGGAAGCGCCGCCACGCCGGAGAUGACGACUACAACAUUGAAGUUCUCCUGGGUGUCGACUAUUCCGUGGUGCGUUUCCAUGGCAAGGAGCAUGUGCAGAACUACCUGCUGACCCUCAUGAACAUUGUGAAUGAGAUCUACCACGAUGAGUCUCUAGGAGUCCACAUUAAUGUGGUGUUGGUGAGGAUGAUCAUGCUGGGCUAUGCUAAGUCCAUCAGCCUGAUAGAACGAGGGAACCCGUCCAGGAGUCUGGAGAACGUGUGUCGCUGGGCGUUCGUUCAACAGAAGGCAGACCAUGACCAUUCUGAGCACCAUGAUCACGCCAUCUUCCUGACCAGACAGGGCUUUGGACCCACAGGCAUGCAGGGCUACGCCCCCGUAACAGGCAUGUGCCAUACAGUCCGGAGCUGCACGCUGAACCAUGAGGAUGGAUUCUCCUCUGCCUUCGUUGUCGCCCACGAGACCGGACAUGUGCUGGGUAUGGAGCAUGAUGGUCAGGGUAAUCGUUGUGGGGACGAGACAGCCAUGGGGAGUGUGAUGGCUCCACUGGUUCAAGCUGCCUUCCACCGAUACCACUGGUCCAUGUGUAGUGGACAGGAGCUCAAGAGAUAUAUACAUUCGUACGACUGUCUCCUGGACGACCCGUUCAAACACGACUGGCCCCAGCUGCCGGAGCUGCCAGGGAUCAACUACUCCAUGGAUGAACAGUGUCGCUUCGACUUCGGAGUCGGAUACAAAAUCUGCACAUCAUUUCGCACAUUUGACCCAUGUAAGCAGCUGUGGUGCAGUCACCCUGACAACCCAUACUUCUGCAAGACCAAAAAAGGCCCUCCUCUGGAUGGUACUGAGUGCGCUCCUGGGAAGUGGUGCUAUAAAGGUCACUGCAUGUGGAAGAAUGUCAACCAGGUGACGCAGGAUGGCUCCUGGGGCUCUUGGACGAAAUAUGGUUCCUGUUCCCGCUCCUGUGGGACCGGGGUUCGCUUCAGAACUCGCCAGUGCAACAACCCAGUCCCCUCUAACGGCGGUGGGGACUGUCCCGGGGUGAAUUAUGAGUACCAGCUGUGUAACACCGAGGACUGCCCCAAACACUUUGAGGACUUCAGGGCCCAGCAGUGCCAGCUACGCAACUCCCACUUUGAGUUCCAGAACACCAAACACCACUGGCUGCCCUAUGAGCACCCUGACUCCAAUAAGAGGUGCCACCUGUACUGCCAGUCGAAGGAGACUGCUGACGUGGCGUACAUGAAGCAGCUGGUGCAUGAUGGGACACGCUGCUCCUACAAAGACCCCUACAGCAUCUGUGUCAGAGGAGAGUGUGUGAAAGUUGGCUGCGACAAAGAGAUUGGUUCCAACAAGGUGGAGGAUAAGUGUGGAGUGUGUGGUGGGGACAAUUCUCACUGUCGUACCAUCAAGGGAACCUUCACCCGCACCCCCAAGAAAGCUGGGAAGACGAGAGGAGCAUUUACCUUGCCUAUAGGAGCUCGGAAUGUUUAUCUGAAUGAAACAGAAGAUUUUAGAAAUGUACUUGGUUUCCUUAAGAUGUUUCUGAUUCCUCCCGGGGCUAGACAUGUGAUCAUUCAGGAGCAUGAGGCUUCUCCUCAGAUGCUUGCGAUCAAGAACCAGGUGACAGGCCGCUACAUCCUGAAUGGCCGAGGAGAGGAGGCUCGCUCCCGGAGCUUCAUAGACCUGGGAGUGGAGUGGGAUUACAUUAUAGAAGACGACGAAGAGACACUAUACACUGAUGGACCCCUACACGACGCUGUGGUCGUACUGAUAAUCCCUCAGGACAACGAGACCAGGUCGACCCUGAUGUAUAAAUACAUCAUCCAUGAAGACUCUGUCCCCGUCAACAACAACAACGUCAUUCAGGAGGACAUCUACGAAUGGGCCCUGAAGAGCUGGUCACAGUGUUCUAGACCCUGUUCUGGAGGGUUCCAGUACACUAAGUAUGGCUGCAGGAAAAAGGGUGACAGCAAGAUGGUCCACCGGGGAUACUGUGAUGUCAGCAAGAAGCCAAAACCCAUCAGGAGAAUGUGUAACCUACAGGACUGUACACAGCCACAAUGGAUCUCAGAGGACUGGGAGCACUGCACUAAGACUUGUGGCAGUUUGGGUUUCCAUAUCCGGACGGUUCGCUGUGUCCAGUUCCUCAAUGAGGGGACCAACCGCUCAGUCCACAGCAAGUACUGCAGUGGGGAGAAACCAGAGAGCAGACGGCCCUGUAACAGACUGCCCUGUCCUGCACACUGGAGGCCUGGGGCCUGGUCAGAGUGCUCAGUGACAUGUGGUGAGGGGGUGGAGAGGCGCUUAGUGACGUGUCGUAUUGGAGAUCAGUGUAAUGGAGAGAGACCUGAGGCCCACAGACCCUGCAAACCAGGACCCUGUCACGAUGAGCCGUGUAAUGGGGAUAAGUCUAUAUUCUGUCAGAUGGAGGUCCUGGUGAGAUACUGCUCUAUCCCGGGAUACAAUAAACUGUGUUGUGACUCGUGUAGCAGACGCAGAGGAACCCUGUCCCCCCUCCUAGUAGAAGCCGCCGAGAUGGACCAGGAAGUACGCUUUGCCGCCGCCUCCCAGCUCCUGGAGACUCAGUCACUCAAUGGGACGCGUGAUUUGUCUCUUCGCUCCCUACUGACCCCCUGUGGAUCCUCAACGCUAUGCCCCAGCAUCAGACACGCCCACAAGGUCCCACCCAGGAAAAGCUCCUUCCAUCGCAGGGUUCCAUCCCCCAGUAGCCUCACUGUCAGGAACCUAUCCAUCAUGAUGUCAUCACUUACUGCCGGUGGUGCGGUUCAGUCAGAUGCCACGGAGGGUCAAAGCUCGGACACGUUGAGGAAGAGCCGGUUGCUCAGGGAGACAAAGGUGGCUCUAACAGAGGCGGAGAGAUGAAGUGGGAUCGUUCCUCCUCUGGACUCCAUGCAGAUAUCACUCCACCCUGCCUUUCUCACCUCACUACAUCACCGGAGGGGCGAG